UUGGUAAAGUAUUUGUACAGGAGACAUUGCCACCAGCCAAUCAACGAAUGCAUCCGAGGUGGAUUUAGCCUCGUGUCUUUGGUUGACUGUUUUCGUUUGUGCUUAUGCAAUCACUAUGCAAGAAGUUUUAAAAUUAACUUGACAAUUCAGUAUGACUUCUAGUGCUGCCUGUCACUGCCCUAUAUAUUUUAGAAUUCUGCUUUAUGAUACGAAAGAUCUAAUUAAGAAAUAUCCGCUACAGUGUCAUUCGAUUAUUUCUUGAAUUUUAGUUUUAGAUUAUGGAUUCUUUUGUUGGCUUAUUUGAUCCAGAGUGUCAAGAUGAAACUCUUGUAACAUCAAUUCCUGAGUAUUUGCCACCAGAAGCUGCUGAUGGUAAUGUAGAAUACAAAUUGAAGCUUCUAAAUCCUUCUAAAAGUCGAUUUGAACAUUUGGUUACACAGAUGAAAUGGCGGCUGAGGGAAGGUCAAGGUGAGGCUAUUUACACCAUCGGUGUUUCUGACAGUGGCAAAUUAAUAGGUUUAGAUGACCGAGAAAUGAAAGAAUCUCUUCACACAUUGUAUCGAAUGGCUGAAAAGCUUGGGGCUGACAUUACAAGUCUAGGGGAACGUUGCAUAGCUGAUAAUUUAAAUGCAGAAACAAGAAGAGUAGCUGAGUUUUUGAUCCGAAAAAUACCAGAAGACCAGCAGUCAAUCGAGCUCCGAGUGGCCGUACUGGGCAGUUCUGAUGUGGGUAAAAGUACUCUGCUUGGUGUUCUUACUCAAGGAGAAAUGGAUAAUGGUCAUGGGAGUGCCAGGCUCAACUUAUUUCGACAUUUACACGAAAUACAAAGUGGACGAACUAGUAGUAUUAGUCAUGAAAUUCUUGGCUUUGAUUCUCAGGGUAUUGCUAUGACUUACAGCACUUGUAGGACAGCAGAGGAAAUAUGUGAUAGCUCUAAAAAACUGAUUACGUUUAUUGAUUUAGCUGGACACAGAAAAUAUCUGAAAACGACAGUGUUUGGUUUGACGGGUCAUUCUCCCCAUUUUGCUGUGUUAGUAGUGAGUGCAGUGGGUGAGAUGGGCAUUGCUAGUGAACAUCUUGGUCUGGCUACUGUUGUUGGUAUUCCCAUUGUUGUAGUAAUUAACAAGAUAGAUUUAGCCAAUGGUAUUUGCCUGAGACGCACACUCUCACAACUCGAAUCAUUAUUGCAAAUGCCAGGCUAUAAGAAGGUAUCUUUUCAAGUGAGAAAUGAAGAUGAUGCCCUGACUGCUGCCAGUUCUUUUGCCUCAAAUAAAAUUACGCCCAUCUUUUUAGUUUCUUGCGUCACUGGUGAAGGUUUAGAUCUGUUAUAUAACUUCUUAAAUGUUCUGCCUCCUACAAUCAACCAAAAAGAGCGGGAACAUCUCAUACAAAAGCCAGUUGAAUUUCAGGUUGAUGAAACUUUCCACGUCCCAGAAGUGGGAACUGUUGUCUCAGGUCUCCUCACCAGUGGUGUGGUUCGAGAAGGGGAUAACUUACUUGUGGGUCCCUCAGACAGUGGAAAGUUUUACCCUGCAAGAGUGCAGUCCUUACAUAGGCACAAAGUGCCAAGCAGAGUGGUUCGAGCUCUCGAAACAGCUACCUUAGCUCUAUUCAUCCAAACAAAGAUGAUCCUACGUAAAGGGAUGGUUCUCAUUAAUGAGAAGGUCAAACCACCUGUUUGCUAUUUCUUUCAGGCCAAGAUACAAGUGCUCUUCCACACCACCAAUAUAUGCACCGGUUUCCAGGCAUCCGUUCACAUCGGUAACAUCCGCCAAACUGCAACCAUUUUAGGCAUUAUGGGAAGAUCUAGUCUUUCAGUCAAUGAUACAGCAUCGGUUAUGUUUAAAUUUAUACAACGUCCAGAAUGUGUCCACCCUGGAUCGAAAAUUCUCCUCAGAGUUGGCCAAACCAAAGCCAUUGGCCGAGUCACCCAAGUCUUUCUCUUAGAAGAUAACUCACCUCUCAAAAUAUCUCCCAUUCAUCAUUAACUUACGGGUUUUUAAAUUUGUUCAGUAACACAUUUUCAGUUAGACCUGUUUGUUAUUAAAUUAUAGUGUGAAAAUAGCUGCAUUAUAAUAUUUUUCAGUGUUUAAAUUCUAAGACAGUUAAUUUACAUUGUUUUUGAUCUAUACAGAAAAUAUUUACCCCCCUAGUCAACUUAGAUAUUAAAUAGAAUAUGUCGGUCUGUAGGUGGCCUAUAUUAUAUUAUGGUUUAAACUUUUUUUCACUGAAAGUUUAAUAUCAAAAAUAAAUUGAAUUGGUUAAUAAUGUGUUGGUUUUAACAGAAAAUUGUGCUUUUUGAUUGGCCAAGCACACGGAAAUUUGACCAUUUUUAAGUUAUUUAAUACUUUUACUUUAUUUUAUUUGUUUAAAAAAAAUAAAUGGCGGAUAUAUACAUUUUUUGGCAACUUUUUGCUUGUGCCCAACUAACCUAGAAAUUAAUGUUAUGUUGAUGCCAAAAAAUUGCAAGGUGAAGUAUCAGCUAUUUAGUUUAUUUUAAUAUGUAAUUUUACAAUGUUCCUCGUGAAUACAUUUGAAAAGUGUUGAAUGUAUAAAUGAAAGGUUGAUUUUAACUGAAAAUGUUUGGAGGGGGAAAUAAAUAAGGACUUCAAUGUCGUAAAAUAGGUAUUAACUGGUAAGUUUAUUUCAGUAUGUAAUUAACAUAAUGAAUUACAUAUUGAAUGGAUUGAUAAGUUGGUUUUAAUAAAUGCCACAUAACUAAAUAUCUUAUGUUACUGUAAAAUACGUACUAACCAUUUAGUUUAUUAUAAUAUGUAUAACUGAAAGUAAUUUAAUGCACUAUAUACAUUAAAUUACUUUUAGUAUUAUAAGACUAGUACAAAAAUAACAACAUUUUACUUUGUUUCUUAUGAAAAGUUAAUUUUAAUUAUUUUUUGAUUUGUUUAAAAUGAUAAUAUUUUUAUCCUCAAUUUUAUCUGUUCAUUUUAGUUUCUAUACUCAUAUAUUUCUGAGGAUAUUGUAAAUUUAAUACUUUGAAAUAAGUUUUUUGCCACAUUUCAAAAAAAUUCUGUUUCUAUGUUAUUGUUUCUUGAUGUUUUACAAAUGUCUUAGUUAUGCAUACUGCAUAAUAUAGAAAGAUAUUUAUUCUUAUUUCUACAUAUAUGUAUCAGAAUAUCUAGAGCAUAAAAAUAUGGAAAUUGAGCAUGAAAAUAGCUUUUUUUUUUAUCCUCAAUUACAUUUUUUUUAAUGAAACAUAAUUUAUUGUAUGUGUUUCAUUAUUAGAAUGAUUAAUAAAAAUUAGAGGAACUAUUAUGAAACAAUAAUUAAGUACAUUUUUCUUUUUGGUUUAGUUUGUAAAUUUGUUUUAGCUACAAUAAAGUAAUAAGCCUUUUUUUUAAAAAAAAAAUUAUUUAGUAUUUUUUUACCCGUGCAUUCUCCAAAAUAUUGGUAAACUCACUAAAUGUCGAUAAAUAUAUUAAAAAAUUUUAUCACAUUUUCGAAACUCAAUUUCUAUAUUUUUUUAAUGCCUGAUCAUUGUUUUUAAGCAUUUUAGUUAUUGUUUAUUAAGCAAUAAUAAUUAAUAGUAUGUAAACUUAAUUUUCAGUAGAAUAAUGCAAUUAUUGAUAAAAUUUGAGUAUGUGGUUUUGAAACAAUUUCAUUUUUAACUCUUAUAUGAUCCAUGAACUAUAUGGGAGAUUUAGCUUUUUAUUUUUAAGUAAAAAUGAAACCUGUGAUUAUCAAGAGUUUACUCUUUUUAAAAACUGAUAACAAUAUGCGCAAAGUUGUUUUCAUUUCAAGAUUUUUAUUUUAUGAAUGCUUGUUAUUAUAUUUAAAUUUUAUUUAUUUUCAUCUUGGAGUUUCAUGACUUAGUUUAUCCUCAUCCAUUUUGAAUUGAGAACAUUGCUAUGAUGCAUUUGAUUCAAUUCAUUUUAAAGCAUUAAUUUUAUUGUAUGGAGCAAUAUUUGGAAUGUAGCAUUUUUCACAGUGUUUUGAGACAAGUUACUUUUUAAAAAAAUUUAAUAUUAAUAAUGUUCUUAAAAUAAUUUUCAGAAUAUAAAAUAUUCAUAAUAUAUCCACAUGUAUUAAAAAAAAUAACAAAAUGCAUUUUUGAUGUAAAAAAAUGAUUGGUAAAAAAAAUUUUAAUUGUUAAAUUGAAUUUCUCUGCGACCAUUAAUUUAGCCUUUCAUGGAGACGUAUUAAAGCAGCCUCACAUUCAACCAAUAACUAAUAAAGAACUUUCUUAUGGAUUUUUCAUUUUUUGAGUUUGAAAGACUUCAUUCAUUUAACGCACUAAUUUUCAUUAACUGAAAUAUCUUUAAAGCAAAUAUUGUGAAAGAAUUAAUUUCAGAAUUGGGAUUUUCAUUCGGUGAAAAAAAAACUUAUUUUUUGCAAAGAAAGUUGUUUUUUUUUUUUGUUUUUUUUUUUGUUAAUUUAAAUUUACUGGAUGGCAAAAUGUGUCAAUUUUCAUGUUUUUUAACUGAAAAAUAUGAAACAAAUUUUUUCUGUUAUCAUUUUUCAAAACCAAUAGAUAUUAUUUUUAUUAUUAGAAAUUUAUCAGUUGAUAUGAAAACAGAAUUCAUUGCAACCUCAGAAUUUUAUUUUCGACAGCCCUCUUUUGAAAUAGGUUGUGCAUCCCCCCUCUUAUUUUUUUCAUUUAUAAAAAUAUUGGGUUCCUUAAUACAGCCCACCAUUUAAAAUUUAAAGUAAUUGUUUGUUGUUAACACACACUUUCUCCUCUGCAUCUUUUUUCCCUUACUAAACAUCUCUAAUGUGCCUUAUUUAAGUUUCACGUAGGAUAGACCCAUUAAUACAAUAUUUACCAGUUACUGUGGUUACUAAACUUUUUCAAUUUGUAGUGCCCUUUUAGGAAUACGGUUUGUUCAAGGCGAUGUAUAUUUUGAAUGAUAAUGAAUAUUUCUUAUACGUCUAUUAAUGAACAAAUAACAAUUCAUUCAUCAAUAUCCUGUUUAUACAGUUAAACAUACCUGUUUAUAUAGUGGACCUUCGAGGGACUGAAAUUUUGGUUCACUGUAACCGAGAGUUCUCUAUAUCUGUGCAGCAAACAGUUGUAAUUUAUCUUUCCAAACUCCUGCCUUUUAUGACACAUUAUUUAAAUAAAUGAAUAAUAAAAUGAAAUACAAAAAUAACUGAAAAAUAAAACAUUAGCAACAAAAAUGUGUUAACUUUUAUCUUUUAUUACUCCUCGUCUUGCGUACCAAAAAAAAAAUUUAAUAUUUAGCUGAGAAGUCCUCCACAUCACAUAGGGAAACAUUUCCCAACUCUCUGAUAAUUUUUCCUGUAUUUAUAUUAUUCCGCUUUUUAAACCUUACCUGAGCAUUCGAGCGCAUAAAAUUAGUCUCAGCAAAUUCAUCUACUUUGCUUUGAAGUGUUUGUCCAGAUACUGGAAGAUGGCGGUUGAAUGUUGAACCAAUGCAAUAAUGCUAUUCAAUAAUGAAGCAAACAAGAAAAAAUGCUUAUUGCUACAUUCCAUGCUAUAGAUGGUUUUACAUUAUUUCAUUUUUGCUAAUUAUUGGCUUGAUCACUUUUAGCAGUAUAUGUAAUACACUAAACUUGGAUUUUCUCAUAGUCUUGAAAUAUCUUUCAUUCUCAGACACAUUUCAGACCAAUAUGCUUCAUAACAAUGUUAGAUUUGGUAAAUAAUCAAAUUAAAAAAAUUUCAUUGAUAAAACCUAGCUUUCCCUUAUACUGCAUCUUAGAACUAUAUUUGAACCUUUACUAAAAGAAGAAUUAAAAUUAAAUCUGUCUGCUACAUUUUUUUCCCUUCUAAAAUCAGUUAACUACAAACGUUUACUAUAAUUUUUAAUGUGUGUGAAGGUGCAAAAAUGCUAUCAAAGUUGUUAAAUAUCUGUAUAGAGUGAAUGGGUAGUUUCAAUGUUAAUAACUUAUUUAAUGUAAAUAAAAUUGAUUAUUCAAUCUAUUAAAACCCUCUAUAAAAAUCUAGUUUUUAUGUUAUUUCAUAUGCGUCACAUUUAGCUGAAAAUGCUUUUACAUUGAAAACUUUUAACACUUCAACUUUUACUGCCUUAAUGUUUCUUUUUACUCAGCUCUACUAAAUCGAUUAAGGCACCUGCUGAUUUAUGAGACGUUGUAAAAAAAUGUCAUUGGAUUUCAGUUAUUGAAU